AUGGAGAAGGACUACGACGAGCCCGAAUUCGCUCCUAUCACGGAGCGAAGUGAAACCAUAUUAGAUGAGCGAGAGCAACAAGCUCUGACUCGUAUCGCCUCAACCAAACUUGGCCAACAACUUUCCAGGUCUGCAAGCAAGCGGGAUGUCCUACCCCCUCAUCUUGACCCCACCAACCCGCACUUUGAUCACCGCCGAUGGGCCCAGAUGGUGUUGGAUCAGGCCAAUGAAUCAGGCAUUGAGAUCCCGACUCAAGGCGUGGUAUUCUCCAAUCUCUGCGUGAGUGGUUCUGGCUCCGCUCUACAAUACCAGGAAACCCUCACUUCCAGUUUGAGGGUGCCUUUCCGUACCGCAAUACGAGCUUUGACAGGAAAUACGCUCCCACCCAGACAAAUCCUUCACAGUUUCGAUGGCCUACUUCAUGGUGGUGAGCUCCUUCUGGUUCUGGGUCGACCAGGCAGUGGAUGUACCACAUUUCUCAAGACGAUUUGUGGACAUCUCGGGGGGCUGACCAUGGAGCCUGAAAGCACAAUCCAUUACAAAGGAAUUGCAUUCGACCAUAUGAUUAAGCAUCACCGAGGAGAGGUCGCAUACAACAAGGAGGUCGACGUGCAUUUCCCUCACUUGACUGUGGGCCAGACCCUCACAUUCGCUGCUCAUGCUCGUGCACCACAACGACGUUUGGAGGGCCUGACCCGCAAUGAAUACGUUGAGACCCUGACCCAGGUCGUUCUGUCGGUCUUUGGGCUAUCCCACACCUACAACACCAAGGUGGGCAGCGAAUACGUGCGUGGUGUCAGUGGAGGCGAGAGAAAGCGUGUCAGUAUUGCGGAGAUGUUCUUGGCUCGCUGUCGCAUCGGAGCUUGGGAUAACAGCACUCGUGGUCUGGACGCCGCCUCGGCUCUAAAGUUUGUGAAGUCGUUGCGUCUUGCAGCUGACUUGGGAAAGUCCUGCCACGCCAUUGCGGCCUAUCAAGCCUCGCAGUCUAUGUACGAUCUUUUCGACAAAGUGGUCCUUUUGUAUGAGGGAUACCAAAUCUACUACGGAUCCAGAGAACGUGCAGUGUCUUAUUUCGAAGACAUGGGCUGGGAGCGGCCUGAGCGCCAGGUCGGUGGUGACUUUUUGACUGCUCUCACCAACCCAACAGAACGCAAGGCAGCGCCUGGCAUGGAAGAUAAGGUUCCUCGAACAGCAAAGGAGUUUGCUGAGUAUUGGAAAAAGAGCGCAGAGUAUCAGCUCUUGCGCAAAGACAUCUCCGACUUUGAAAGUGAAUAUCCACCAAACGGAGCCGAUGCGAAAAAGCUUGAGGAAAGUCAUGAAGCGCAACAAGCGCGCCACACUCGAGCGCGCAGCCCUUUUCUCCUAUCCGUGCCGAUGCAGGUGCGUCUUUGCAUAGUCAGGGCCUACCAGCGUAUGCUUCAAGAUCUCCCGACAGCCAUGUCGCCGGUUGUUGUUCAGAUCGUUCUAUCUCCGAUUAUUGGUUCUAUCUUCUACAACACUCCGAAUGAUCCCAGCUUUUUCUUCCAAAAGGGCGCAGUAAUGUAUUUUGCUGUGCUUAUGAACGCCCUACUCACAAUCAACGAAAUCCUCCAACUCUAUGCUCAGCGGCCUGUUGUUGAAAAGCAAGCUGGCUACGCAUUUGUACACCCCUUCACCGAAGCCCUCGCUAGUCUCCUCGUUGAUCUCCCGAUCAAGAUCAUACGAAUUUCAAUCUUUACCAUUGUCCUUUACUUUAUGGCAAACCUACGCCGUGAACCGGGUAUAUUCUUCAUUCAUUACCUGUUCUUGCUUACUGCAGUCUUGACUAUGUCUGGUCUUUUCCGCAGUGUUGGUGCGCUGACCAAAACCGCUGGACAGGCCAUGGCUAUUGCUGGUGUGCUUGUCCUAUGCAUUGUCGUUUACACUGGAUUUACCCUACCGCAGCCGUACAUGCACCCGUGGUUUUCAUGGAUUCGAUGGAUCAACCCGAUCUACUAUACAUUCGAAGCACUCGUGGCCAAUGAAUUCCAUGGUCGAACAUUUGAUUGUACAUCGUUCAUUCCAAGUUAUGGAACCGGUACAUCCUUCAUCUGCUCAACUGUCGGCGCAAUGGCUGGUCAGCGAACUGUAUCUGGUGACGACUUCAUCGAGAGGAAUUACCAUUACCAACAUUCUCAUCUCUGGCGAAAUUAUGGAAUUCUCAUCGCCUUUUUCAUCGCUUUUAAUGCUCUCUAUCUGACUGCCACAGAGUUGAUCACUAAUGACAAGUCUAAGGCAGAGGCCUUAGUCUUCAGGCCUGGACAUGCCCCUAAGUAUCUCCAGAAAGCUCAUAACGUCGAGCUUGGCAUUGAGGAGGUCAACAAACUCGAGCUGCAGAGGACCAAUGCAACUAUCCGUCUUCCCGAGCAAACAGAUAUUCUCUCAUGGAGCGGCCUCAACUAUGACAUCCCUGUGAAAGAGGGAACCCGCCGACUCUUGGACAAUGUCAAUGGCUGGGUCAAACCCGGCAGUCUGACCGCUUUGAUGGGCGUUUCUGGAGCUGGAAAGACAACGCUUCUGGAUGUGCUUGCGCAGAGAGUUUCUAUUGGUGUUGUGUCUGGAGACAUUUUGGUGGACGGCAAGGGUCUUGCAGCGAACUUCCCUCGUCGCACAGGCUAUGUGCAACAGCAAGAUCUCCAUCUUGAUUCCACGACUGUGCGAGAAGCCUUGCAAUUCAGUGCGAUGCUGCGCCAGCCUCAGAAGGUCACCAAGAAAGACAAGUUUGACUAUGUGGAAGAAGUCAUUCGGGUUCUGGGCAUGGAGGAUUUCGCCGAGGCCGUGGUAGGAAACCUCGGCGAGGGCCUCAACGUCGAGCAGAGAAAGUUACUCAGCAUUGGUGUUGAACUGGCUGCCAAGCCUACAUUGCUCAUCUUCCUUGAUGAACCAACAAGUGGCCUUGACUCCCAAAGCUCUUGGACAAUUUGCCAGUUCCUUAGGAGACUCGCAGAUCAUGGACAGGCUGUUCUGGCGACAAUUCACCAGCCUAGCGCCCAGCUCUUCCAAACGUUCGACCGCCUGCUCUUCCUGGCGAAGGGUGGAAAGACUGUCUACUUUGGCGAGGUUGGAGAUCAAUCCUCCACCCUUCUGAAAUACUUCGAGGACAGUGGCGCUCGGCCCUGUAAGCCGCUUGAGAACCCUGCCGAAUACAUACUCGAGAUGGUUGCUGGUGAUACUUGCCCAGUAGAUUGGGUAGAGGCAUGGAACAAGAGCUCGGAGUAUCAAGGGGUGUGUGCUGAGGUUGAAAGACUUCGCCACGCGCGCAAGCCAUCAGUUCAUCAACCUUCUGUGGACGAGUCUGAUGAAUUGGAUGACGAUAAUUCUGAGUUUGCCAUGCCACUCCGAACCCAGCUGUACUAUGUUCUUGGACGAGUCUUCCAGCAAUACUACCGUCAGCCAGAAUAUGUCUACUCCAAGUUCAUCCUGGGUAUUGUGUCUGGUCUAUUCAUUGGCUUCUCCUUCUGGAAAGCCGACAGCAGCCAACAAGGCUUCCAAAACGUUCUUUUCAGUAUUUUCCUUUUAUGUACAAUCUUCGGCACUCUGGUCAAUCAGAUCAUGCCCAAGUUCGUCGUCCAGCGUUCUCUUUACGAAGUCCGUGAACGCCCAUCCCGCAUUUACUCCUGGAAGGUCUUCAUCCUAUCCCAAAUGAUUGUCGAAAUCCCCUUCCAAAUCUGCCUCGGCAUCUGCUCCUGGGCCUGCUUCUACUGGUCCGUCUUUGGCUCCGACCAAGAUUCCGAGCGCCGCGUUCUGAUUAUGCUUUUCAUUGUGCAAUUCUACAUUUAUGCUGCAAGCAUGGCACAGCUUGCCGUCUGCGCGAUCCCAGAACCAACACUUGCAGCUAUGCUUGCCACGUUGAUGUUCGGUCUUUCAUUUAUCUUCAACGGUGUCAUGCAGCCUCCCGACGACCUCCCCCGUUUCUGGAUCUUUAUGUACCGUGUGUCGCCCUUUACCUACUACAUCAGUGGUAUUGGAAGCACAGCGCUGCAUGGGCGCCCUGUUCAAUGCAAUGCGGCUGAGAUGAGUGUCUUUGAUCCACCCUCCGGUCAGACAUGUUUCCAAUAUAUGGAGAAGUACCUCGCAAGUGCACCGGGUGUGCUUGCCAAUGGUAAUGCUACCUCUGGCUGCGAGUACUGCUCUCUCAGUUCGGCGGAUCAGUAUCUCGCUACUCGGAAGAUCAAUUGGGACAAUCGCUGGAGAGAUUAUGGAAUCUUCUGGUGCUAUUUCAUUUUCAAUAUCCUUGCUGCCAUCCUGCUGUAUUACCUGUUCCGGGUGCGGACUUCUAUGGCUAAAACAAAAAAGGUUUGA